AUGACGAAUCCGUCGCGACACCCAUAUGGCGACGAGAACGGCAUCUCAGAUGAAGCUCAUGAUAUGCUGACACCUCGAAGCUCACCGAGAAGCGGCAGCGGCAUCCGCUCAUUCCUCCCGCCGCUGAACUUCAUCACGCUGCACUACGCCUACUUCAUCGGCACCUCCCUCCUCGCCUCGGCCGUCUUCUACGCCUCCUCGAACCCGCGCGGGAGCAUCAGCUAUGUCGACGCGCUGUUCCUCGUCGUCUCCGCCAUCACGGAGGCCGGGCUGAACAACGUCAACCUCAGCCAGAUGACCGUCUGGCAGCAGGCGUAUUUUGUGCUUAUUACGAUGGGACUGCUUAUUUUGGCGGGUAAUACGGCGUAUCCCCUGUUUUUGAGGUUGAUUUUCUGGGCGGCUUUGAAGGUGCUGAGGCUCACUACGGCCGAGGGGAGACAUGGGGAGCUGAAGAAUACGCUGGAGUUCAUCUUGAAGUACCCGAGGAGGGUGUACACGAACCUGUUCCCCUCGAGGCCGACGUGGUGGCUUUUCUUCAUGGUUGUGUUGAUUAAUGGGAUCGAUUGGGUUGCGUUCGAGGUGCUGAGCAUUGGCAACCCCGUCAUUGAGGCCAUUCCAGUUGGGGCGAGAGUCUUGGAUGGCUUGUUCCAAGCACUUGCUGUUCGCUCCGGCGGCUUCUACCUCAUCCCAAUCUCCUCCGCCUACAGGUCCUGUACGUCAUCAUGA